AGCUUUGCACCAGGGAUGGAGCCGGAAGAGGGGACGGCCUUGUGGCGGCUGCAGAAGCUGCCGGCGGACCUGGGCCCACAGAAGGUGACAUGUACGUGGACACCUUGAGGAUAAGAAGCAACCUAACCUAUGAGGAUCUGGAAAAAACAGCUUCAUUCUGGGCCACCCAGCUUCUUCACAAAAUAAUUGAUGGCAUUUGUGGCCGGGCUUAUCCUCUCUACCAGAAUUAUCACAGUGUUUGGGAUUCAACAGAAUGGAUACACGUUCUAGAAGAUAUUACCACAUUUUUCAAAGUUAUAGUGGGUAAAAAUUUAUCUGAUGAAGAGAUAUCUCAGCAGUUGAAUCAGUUGAAUUCAUUUCAUCAAGAAGCUAUCAUGAAAUGCUUGAAAAGUAGAAAAGAUGAUAUCAGACAGGCUCUGUUAGGAGAAAUAGUUGAUAUUUCUUCUGCACAGCUUCAGAAUUUUGAUUGGCAGUUAAAGCUUGCACUUUCUAGUGACAAGAUUGCUACAUUACAAAUGCCACUUUUAAACCUUCAUCUAGAUGUAAAAGAAAAUGGUGAAGUCAAACCGUAUUCUGUUGAAAUGAGUAAAGAAGAGCUGCAGAAUCUAAUAAAUUCCUUGGAAGCAGCUAAUAAGGUGGUCCUGCAGUUGAAAUAACUAGAAAUGAUGAAUACUAAUGCUAUUAAAUUUCACUGCUACAACUGAUACGGUGGAGUGAAUACUGUGUGUUCAGAAAAUCUGCGAUGUAUUAUGCCCCGCUGAGAAAGCAGCAGUGUUGAGAUUACAAAGAUAAAAAUUUAUCAGCUUCCCUAAAAAACAGGAAAUUACAUGGUUGACAGCAAAUACAUAAAAAAUGAAGUAAAGAUGAGAAAACUCUAGUAGCGGUUUAUAUUUUCAUAAUGACUGUUUUGCCUCAUUUAUUUAAUAUUUGAGAAAUCUUUGUAGAUGUACAGUUUAGUAUAAAAGCUAAAAAUAGAUUCUAAUGUAAUGUAAACAUACAAAGCACAAAUGUACUUGAAUAUUGCUUAAAGAAGUAUGUGAAUAACAAGGACAUGUACUAUGUAAUUAUUUGUGGUAUUUUUAAAAAUAACUUUUUUAAAGAACGUGUAAGCUGGAUAUAUGUAACUCAGGUGAUUCCAUAUUUUUCUCAUAUUUCAAAGGAAAGAUUAUAAAAUAUAAAAUUUCUUUGAGAAAGAAGCUCUUCAGACAUGAACAAGAAAAAAUACUCUAAAUUUGUGUAACAAUUCUGUGUGUAUGAAUUCUAGAAAAUAAAAUCUUUUACUAGAACAUAGGGAAAAAAAUGAAAAUAGCAGUUACUUCUACAUUUCUAUGUCUGAUGAGGAGCGUAUGUUCUGAUAAAAAGAAUAGAUGUUAUUGUACAGUAUAUAUAUUACUAUCAGAUAUCAGAUAAGACCAUAUAUAGGUCCAUUUUUGUUAUAAACUCUAAUAUUGAAUUUAGCAAUUUUGGAUAUUAACAACUUCAUUGGAAAACAAACCAUUUUUAACUUCAAUUAACUUUACAAUCAUUCUGAACAAAUAAAUAAUGUCAUGCUUUA